AUAGCGACUUCUGCUGUUGGAAUUUUGGCAAUCAUAAACGGUUCCCAUGGUGACCAGAAUAAUGGACUUGUUUUUUUUCUAAUGUUUACAAAAGUUUUCGCUUCAAACAAAAUUUUAUUUGUAAUUUAUUUCAAGAACAAAGUACAAAAAAAAUGAAUUUAUUUGCCAAACCUCUUUAUAUUUAUUAUAAUAGUCGUUUAUUAUCCGAAGCAACUAUAUUUUUUAUUAUCAUAACAUUGAUUCGUUUCCUAUUACCAUUGAUAAUCGUUUGGAGAACUGAUUCAUUCUGGAUUAAAGAAUCAUCAUAUCGUGAGAUGCCAGAUAUAGAUUUCAAAAAAAAUUUCAUACUUUUACUCAAUGUACAAACUAUUGCUGAUCAUGAUGAACAAACCAUUGGAUUUAGUACAAUCGAUACGAUUAAUAGAAUUCUUGAUAAUGAUGAAUAUCUGAUUCCAAUCAAUAUUGCACAAUAUGAAUAUGAUUAUGAUAAUGAUCAUCGAUAUGAUGAAUUAAAACUAAUACUUGAUAUACCGGUGGAUUUGAAUCAGAAUUAUGUUCGUGGAUUUCGUUUAUUAACUUUUUUCCAAUAUCGUUUAUCUGAACGUAUUCAUUUAGAAAUGGAAUCAUUGGCUGAUUUAAUUGUAAAUGAUCAUAAUCCGGGACAAUAUGUACGCAUUGAAGGCCAUCUAGAGUUGGUACAACGAAAACCAUUCCAUCAUCGAGGCUAUGAAUUUGGAUUUAAUCAAAGUAUUAUUCCUUUGGAUGAAAAAAUUCAUCUUGAAAACAUUUUAUUACAAUAUUCGCGUCGAAAAUAUUUUACUCGUAUAAAAGUCGAUUAUAAACAUUGGCAAUCAUAUCAAUCGAUAUUAAAUGCUAAAACAAAACACCCAUUUCGAUUAGAAAUGACCAUCUAUUAUCAAGAUCAAUUAUUUCGAUACAAUACCGGAUUCUGGUAUCUUAUCAAAUGGGCAUUGGUACAAUAUCUGGCUGUAUUUAUCAUUAUUGAUUAUUUUAUUCAUUGGAUUCAAUGUCUGGUAUUCGAUGGUUAUCUUGUAGCAACGAUUCCGCGUAUACAAGAUGUAGGUUUAUUAAAUUCGAUUUUCAAGAAAAAACAAUUCUGAAUUGCUACGAUUCUCGAGUAAUCAAUUGUGGCUCUGAAAAGAGCCGUUUUAUGAAUAGAAUAUUUGCAAAUAAAUGAGAAAUUUGUUUAU